AUGGAAGCUGCGGCGGUGCAUCAUCGGCAUCAGGAUCAGAAGGCGGCCGAAGAAUGUGAAAUAGAAUAUCUUCUGUCUUGUAUGAUUAUCCUAGCAAAUUUUUUUGCGGCUUCGCAGGGACACCGGCGCGGAAUCCCCGAAACUGUUCGUCGGGACGGGAGGAGCGGUUCGCAACACCUUGAAGACUUCAUCGAACAGACGCAAAAAUGGGUCCUGGGAUGGAUUUCGAGGUUGGGAGCUGGACGAUCGGAGAAGGGAAAGGGAGUCAGGCUUGUAGAAAUCCCUCUCACCCCCAGCCAUUCGCUCACCAGCCUUCCGACGAUCUAUCAAACAGCUACUCCAUCUGACAGUGCAACACGCCCGAAUCCCUCCAACCCCACAAAGCCACAGCCUCAAAGCCGGCCACGGAACGGUUGCCGAACACUCACAUCUGGGGCCCCAACGCCACCACCUCGCCCUUCCCCUCCACCGCCCGCGCAAUCCUCGCCCCCGACCAACCCGGGUCGACCCUGGAACCCACAAGCCCCAGACGGCAACCCACCCGACACCAUCAUCACCGCCCCAUCCGACGCCACCAAACGCGCCGCCCUCGCCGAGCGCAAAGCCGCAGCCUACCUCCAGGCCCAAAAAUGCCCUUCGAACGCCACAGCGCCGCCGACCGCCCUCGUCACCACCGCCAACCAACCAAUCAACCCAGCCCCUCGACCCAAAGCCCCGAAAGCCGACCUCCACGGACCGGAAAAAAAAGGCACACACGCCCAGAAACUGCGAAAAAGGGGGCGGCCGACGGAGCGCGAAAGGAAGCCAAGCGGACCAAAAGGCCCACGCGGACCGGCCUCGUCGACGGCUCGGAAAGGCGGGAAGCGACGGUAG